AUGUGCCAGGAAGAGUUACCCAAAAUCCCUGAUCAUCCACCCAAAACUGAGCUGGAGAUCGCAGGGAGCAAGCAGCUGGGCAGACAUCAGAAGAUUGUCCAGGCAGUGAAAGUGGUUUUGGUUGGCCGUGCUGGUGUGGCUUUGUCCCCAGCAGGCCCCAGAGCAGACCCCCUCAGACCGUCUGGAGGACCCGAGCUCUGUUCACACCAAGCAUUAGUGGAUCAGACAGAGGACAAGGUGCGCUGA